AUGGCGACCGGUACCGUAAACUCAAUCGAAGCCCAAAUUGAUAACUUUUUGGAGCAAUUUAAGCGCAGCGCCUCAAAGGCCAUGGAUGGUGAUUGGUCUUCAUCGUCUCCAGUUACAACGCCUCAGUCGGCUUGUUCGUUGGAACCAAAAAAUAGAAACAUCUUUCCCGAACAGCUUGUUGGGGAGCAAGAAAACUGUAAUAAUUUCCACAGCGAAAGUAUAAGCAGCAAUGCGUCUUCAUAUCAUUCUGCCCAUCAAAUACAUCAGCAGACAAAUCUACAGCAGCAGCACAGCCAUGCAUUUCAGCAUCAGUCGUCGGUUACAUCCUCGGUUUCCUCUGUGCAAACUGUGUUAAGCCAAAAUUUACAAAACUCUACCAACAUCAACAAACUGAUUGAAAACGUAUGCCAGAAUGGUCAGAACCAUUUUAACCCGAACACGUUUGGUAGCAGCAACUCGCUGGUCGUCACUAAUGUCGGGGAACACGCAUCAACGACGAUUGGGUGUGACUCCUUUUACCGACGAGCUAACCGAAUGAAUUCAGCUGCUAGUGUAAGUUCGGUCGAAGAUCCGCUCAGCGUGGCCGAUGUUGCGGAUCUUCUCCAUCCACAGUAUGCGAUUAUUACAGGUGGUCGAUCGAAGGAUGGAUGCCCGCUGAUAACAUUUCCGGAUCAUAACAAUUUUCAAAAUUUGACCGAUCUUGAAUACAAAAAGUUAGUCCUUUAUUUGACGUCCGUGCCCUCACUGUCGGAGGCUGACUUGGGAUUCAAUUUAGUUGUUGAUCGGCGCAAGGACAAAUGGGCUGCCGUGAAGGCAAUUUUGCUGAAAAUUUCAACCUACUUCCCAACGCUCGUGCACGCUGUGUUUGUGAUCAGACCAGUCGGUUUCCUGCAAAAGGCUAUCUCGGAAGUGAGCAAUAAAUUCUUCAAGGAUGAGUUUCGCUUUCGUGUCAUUGUGUGCGCCUCGCUGGAGGAGUUGUACGAAUAUGUGUGCCAAAGCCAGCUGACCGCAGAGCUUGGCGGAGAACUCGCUUAUUCACACCAUGAGUGGAUACAGCAGCGAAUAUCGUUGGAAAAGUUUUCCGAACUCACCAAUGUAAUCUCCUGUCAAUUGGACGCGUUUAUGAAGAUGAUCAAUGAGAUGGAGUUUCCCAAUUCUGUCGAUGCAACGGAAAAGCUCAUUUUCAACCAAGGAGAGCAGUAUGAAAAGUUAAAGGAGGACAUUCUUUCUGCCGGACGACACGGUGAAGUUUUGCUGGAAGAAAUGAAAACUAAAAAGGAAUGUGAUCAAGAAACGAUAGAACGAUUUGGAAACAUAAGCUCAAUAGAAAGUCGCGAUUGUCACAGACUUUUGGUGCAGCUGGAGGAAACUGAGCGCCAGUUUGAGGACUUUUGGACGAUACACUUGUCGCGAUUGAAAAAAUGUUUGGAACUACGUCGUUUCGAGCAAGAUUUUCGUGAACUUCAGACUAACUUCGAUCGCCAUCUAAAAACCGUGUCAGACAUGACAGAAAUCGGAGAAACGGUAGCAAGAAUGGAUCAUUUGCUGCAGGAAAUCAACACAUUUCAGCAAAUAUGCAGUAUUGAUGUGGAACGCGCAGAAUGUGUCAUCGGUACAGGACAACGUUUGAUAGGAACCAAAGGCUGCAUAAGUUCCUGCCCGAAGGAGGUAGUUCAACCAAAGUGUGACGAGCUAGGUCGCGUGUGUGGUCUCAUUCAUGCGCGCAUUUCGAAGCGUAUAGAUACGCUAGCAAAAGCACGUGAAUUGAUGGAGCGUGUUGAAAAGGCAAACAAGUGGUGUGCUGGCGGUAUCGAACUCCUGGCAACACAGCGCAUUGAAAAAUGUUCUGUGUCGGCCGAAAUUGCAGAGCAGAGCUUGCAAGAGAUUCAGGAUUAUCUAGCCUCUGCGGCCGAAUUUAAAUCGUCAAAUUCAAAAGAUUUUAAAAAUGAAAUAUUGCAAAACACGACUCUUGAAACCAAGGCGUUAGUUUCACAGGUGCUGCAACGAAUAGACGACGUUCAAUUAAUGUGUGAUAAGCGAAUGAUCACACUGAAGAGGCUGACUCUGAAACCACCACGACCAGUGCAAACCGUUACUCCUGAACCCGCUGUUCCACUCCAACCUCCGGGAGGUGCGCCACAUCCAAUGUUUCGCACCCAAAGGUCUUAUAGCAAGAUCGAACACUUCCCACCACGACCACGAUCGAUCGACGGUCUGCCGGACUCGGGUAUUUCGAUCAGCAGCGACACGGCAAAUGGCAGCUCUGAUAAAGAUCUGAAUUUGCAAAACCAAACGGAUUCGGACGAAAGAAAGCUGAAAAGGGGACACGUGUUAGCUGAAUUACUGGAAACAGAGCGUAUCUACGUCGCAGAAAUGGGAUCCAUUUUGAAGGGUUAUAAAGACGAAAUGCUGUCGGAAGAAAUGACUUUACUCGUGCCACCUGGGCUGCAAGGAAAGGCUGAUAUACUUUUCGGCAAUCUACACGAGCUCUACACAUUCCAUAACGAUAUUUUCUUGAAGGAUCUAGAGAAUUGUAUUUCUACCACGGAGCUAGUCGCACUCUGUUUUGUACAACGGCGGGACACAUUUUUCCGACUCUAUUCGUACUACUGCCAAAACAUUCCACGUUCCGAGCGUCUUCGGGAGACCCUCGUCGAUACGCAUCUGUUCCUGCAAGAAUGCCAGAAAAAGCUUGGACAUAAACUUCCCUUGGCUGCUUAUCUUCUAAAACCAGUGCAAAGGAUUACCAAGUAUCAGCUGCUUUUGAAAGAUUUGCUAAGAUUUAGUGACACUGGAACUUGCUCUAGAGAACUGCAGAAAGCAUUGGAUUGCAUGUUAGUCGUGUUAAAGUGUGUUAAUGAUUCCAUGCAUCAAAUCGCUAUAACAGGCUUUCCGGCCGAUUUAUCGCAGCAGGGUGAACUACUGCUACAGGAUUCGUUUCAGGUGUGGACGGAAAGCAAGAAAGAUAUGCGAUUGCGGCUAAAAACCCAAAACCGGCACAUUUUCUUGUAUCAAAAAGCAAUGCUGUUUUGUAAGCAGGGUUCCAAAACGGGCCACAAUAAGAGCACCUACCAAUUUAAGAAUUGGCUUCAGAUGUCGCAAAUAGGCUUAACGGAAUCCGUUCGGGGUGAUUUGCGGCGUUUUGAAGUGUGGCUACAAGGACGACAAGAAGUACAUACAAUACAGGCUGGCACGAUAGAGAUUAAAAACAAAUGGGUUGCAGAGAUAAAACGAGUAUUAUUGAACCAGCUUGAAGAGCUGAAAGGCGAAAAAAUCAAACAAUACGGUGGUUUGAAUCACAAACCAUUACGUCAUACUACUUCAUGGGAUAUACCACACGCAGCUCAUGGAGCACCGACGAAUCGUGCGGCAAGCUGCGAACAGCAAGCACAAUCAAACGGACUAGGAAUAGGAGGAAUGGUUGGCCUCGCACAAGAUGUCGUCACCCGGAUCACCCACAUGAAUGAUGAAAGUAGUCUGCUGAACGUUACCGGAAUGUCAUCGUCAUCGUCGGAGCAUGAUAAUCAGGAAACAAACGCCUGGAGCUCGGAUUACUCAAACAGUGAAGAUGAGUAUACCACCGUCGAGGAUAGCGUUGUACCUGGGCAUAAGUUCAUGUCAUUGGCCGAUUACUGUGCCAUGGGAAACUCCGAGGUGUCCAUGAAGGAAGCCGACAUUGUAGAGCUGCUGAAAGUUGGAUGUGCUGGAUGGUGGUUUGUGAAAGUUCUCGCCAACGGGGUUGAAGGAUGGGCUCCAGCAGCAUAUCUUGAACCGAUCAAUCGCAAACACUCGCGUCUUCGAGGCGCCCGGAGCCAAGACAAGCUAAACGAUCACUAAUUCCUGGUGUCCUGGCAAAAAUACGUCAAAAGUGCGAGAUUAGGAUAACGCGACUGUCGAUCGAUUAGGCAAGCCUAGUGCUACAAUGUGAAGCAAUAGCUAAAUCAAUAGUAUCGUACUUUAUAUUGCCGAUGGCGAUGAUACGGCGUUGACGACAUAGCUAUAAACAUUUGUCUGAUAUUUUUGUUUGUAUUUAAACUACUGCUACGUCCCCAAUCGCUCUUACUAUUACUAUUAGUACCCCUGCUUCCAACUGUAGCUUUACUCUAUUACACCUGAAUCCACAUAGAAUCUGCCAGGCAUAAGGCAUAAGGUUUGCCGCCCGGUGAAGACUGUUUAGAAUAUCGUGUUUGUGUUAUUUUGGAAUGUGUGAGCUUAAGUUCCAUGUUUUUGUUAGAAUCUCCAAGCUUAAGCUUUAUGGAAACUCCUGCGAUCAGAACAUUAAGUUAUUCUUUGGGAAAGCAAUUGUAACACAUCCAUCUAAUUCGGACAUUAACCAAAGCUAGUAUGCACACUAUUUGAGUUCUUUGAUCUCUUUUCUUUAUUACUUUUCAUUGCUCGUUGUAGAAUCCGAUUGCAAUGAAUAAUCAAAAGGUAAAAAAUUUUAACCUAUUUAUAAUGAGAGAGCUAUGAGUGAAGAUGCAGGAUGCCUGAGUGGUGAUGCCUGAGAUUCGUAGUAUAUUUAGUUAGUUGAACGUCACAGCGUGACUUUUCCUGAGGGCGCUCUAUCGCGCAAAGUAAUAGCAUUCUGACGUGUAUACUAUUUUCUAAACAGCAGGAUGGUUAUUGUGAUUUAUUCAAUAUUUUGUGUGCAAUUACUAGAUUCGGAAGCGUUUUUGUGCUAGGCAGCGUACGAUAAAAAAAAAUCUUUGUUGGCUAAGAGCAAAAAAAGUUAGGAAAGUUAAACAAAACAAAGCGAAAUAAAUUGUAAGCGCGUAUUCUUGUGCAUAUAGUCGAAUCUGAUGCGAAGGAGUUCAUGUCUGAGCGCUAUAAUAAUAACAAUAAUAUUAUUAUACAGAGUACAAUUUCAUUAUGAUUGAUUAUAAUGGAAUUUACUAUAUUUAUCCAAGUGCAAUAUUUGUAAUGUCUACACAAAUUACUAUAAUGAUAUUUGAGGCUUUGAUGUUUGUGUGUAAAAAAUAGUGGAAAACGAAAUGAACAAUAAAUAACGUGU